AUGGCGUGUGUGGAUGAGUUUGUGACUGGUGCGAGACCAUCAGUGGACAGCAUCUACCCUUCAUAUCCGACUUAUCCAUCCCUUGGGCUUCACGGGCAGCCUUGGGACCAGCCGUGGGUAGUCACACCCUACCCAGUGCUCCCCUCACGUCUCAAUCGGCUGCUUUACGGCAGCCUGACUUUGUCAGAGUCCGUGUCCGAGAAUGGCUCGGAGGACUCUGGGAGCUUUGGCAGUGGAGAUGCAGGUCACAUGGAGUUGAAUGGCAGCCCUUCGUCACAUGUGACGAUCAUGCCUCCUUCCGGGCUGAGCCAGGACAUCGAUGAAGUGGCAAAAGUUUACCCAGUGGGCCAGCUUGCCUCACGAGGUCUACCCUUUCUGCCCUCUCCAAGUGGCUUCGCCAACGAGAAGAUUGCCCCCCCCCCUCCCCCCACUCCUUCGAGCACCAAGCCGCAAGCAGCGUUCCGGAACUUCAAUUUUGCCGUCAUCUUCACAGGCUACGACCUGGAAAAGCAUGCCGCCUUCGAGCUUGUCCCUCGCUUAAUCGGCCGCAAUGCCGACAACAUGAAGAAAAUCUACAAAACUGGGGCCGGCGCACGCGUUUGCGGUCGCGGGAGUGGCUGGAAGGAAGUCAAGUCACCCCAUGGCAACUACGAAAGGGAUGAACCGCUCCAGUUGGUCGUUUCGUGCCGUUCGGGGGAGAUCAGGGAAGCAGCGUCCCUGGUGCUGAUUGGGGUAAAAGCUCUAAAGCCCUAUAUGAAGUCCUUAUGCAACCCUUUAUAUCCCUAUAUGCAACUCCACCCAGGUUCAAGGAGACAAUGGUGCUGGUGA